GAAUGUCCUUCUAUUCCAACUAAAAUUAAAGAAAUAAUUAUAAGUCGUCAACAUUUUCUUGAAAAUGAACAAUUUACUCUCAUUCUUCGAUAUGUAGUUGAUGCGAUUACAAAACUUGAAUCUAAUAAUAUAACUUUAG